UGGAGAGCAGAACAGCCUGUGAAGCUUUUGAUCUGCGGUUCCUCUUUUGUCCAUCCCUGCCCCGCCUCCAGGGGUCGCCUCGGCAACAUGUUUUACUACUGGCAGCCAUAUAAAUACAGCUUUGGCUCCUGUAAACUGGGAAUGCCAAGGACACACUAACACUCAAAACCAAGGACUCAGAAACCAGGGCAGCGUUUGCUUCAAAUCUAGAAUAAUGUUUUUUUAAAAAAGAAACUGAUAUUCACAGAUUUUUUUUUUUUUUUUUUUUUUUUUUGUCAUAUGCAAGAUGGAUUGAAAAAGAGCUAGAAAAGGGGCCCACAAAGAAACUUCUGACUUUCAUCUCCAGCAUUUCUCAGCUUACCAUGGAUACUAGUCAGCAUGUGAGUAAACAAACCAAUAAAGCGAACCAUCCUGUUGGCAUGAAGAGUAUGGACAGUCUCAUCACAUUGACCCUGGGGCUUGAAGGUGUCAGACACUGCAGAAAACAUUGUGCCAAACCAGUGGGUGGGAGCAGAGAAAAAAGGAAGCUCAGUCCUGCAGAAGAGGAGAAAGAUUAUGGAAGAAUGCGUGUUGAUGAAAAGCAGGAGGGAAAAGUGUGCAAGCAGAAAGUUCUGGGAGUGUUGACGGAGCUGAAUGUUUUUCAUUCAGACAGACUGAUAGCUUGGAAAGAAGCCAUCAUAGAGUGUGCUUCCAUGCUCAAAAAAGCUCCACCAGAGGGCAGUGUUGAACAGCAUCCAGCUACAUCAGAAAAUAAAACUUGGACCUGUUCAGACUCCCUCAGUGACAUUUUCCUGAGUGUUGGAGAGGACAUAGACAACCUUGUGGACAAAUUGGUUAAAAUCAUUACUAAGCUAAAUGCGGCAGUCCUCCAGUUAUCUGCAAAUGAGGCCUUGACUUCGAUUGCAGUACUUCAGGAAUCCAGAGACACAGACACUUUAGUGCAAUGUGAAAACUUCAGGAGUGAUCAGCUUGAAUAUAAUCUUGGGUAUGAACCCAAGGUUGAAGAUGAUCAAAGCCAGAAAAGGCUCCCUAACACUGAGCAAACACUGGACUCUGACUGCAACAACAUGGAAAAGAUAGAAGAAAAAUUACAAGACAUGUGUCAAGUGAAUGACUUUCUAGAAAAACCCCUUCACUGCCAGACCAAUUUAGAAGAGAAGACACAAAAGGACAAUGAGAAGAUAAAUAUCAAGAAGAAAGAAGAGGAAACAUGUGAAUGGAUUUCAGUAGGGCUCGGUGGUCAGUCGGAUGAGAGCCGCUCUGAAGCACAAGAUCAAAGCUUUAUCAGAGCAUCUGCUGGUGCUGCUAAAGUCCUGUGGUGCGAGGUGGCAGACCACCUAAGCUGCCUGAUGGUGUCCAGCUCUGAGGAGCUGGUAAGCAGAGUGAUCCACAUUAAAGUUCAGGCCAAGGCCAGCCUUCACUUCCCUCUAACAGUGGCCAUGCCUUUCCGUGUACGGCAUCGCGGCAGCUACAGGGAUGUUGCUGUGAAGAUUGUUGAUGAGGAGAGGAGGGUGAGCUACAUCACCCCUGUGACAAUAGAGGAUGUGUACAGAGGACAAAAGGGUUCUUUUGCAGAAGUGAAGGUGUACUCAUUGGGUCUUUUUGCAGUGGUUUCCUGUCUCAAAAGAGAAAAUUACACCAUUCCCAAGAGGGGGUUGUCUUUAAAACUCCCCAUGGACUCACGGAUCUGCCUGAACUACCUGCCAGGAUCCUUUACUGCUCCUGUAAUGGCACAAACAAUGGUCCAGCCUGUGGACGCUGUCCUUCUGGCGGCCGUCAAGUCCAGAAAUGAGGCCUAUAAAGCGGUGGUGUCUGCAAGCCCACUGCUCUUCCUCACCCAUCCUACUUCACAGCCCCUGAAGAGACCCUUAACAGUCACACUUCCAUGUCCCCCAAACCCUGACAAAAAAAGGGACAAGAGGGGCCAAGACAAGCCGGACCACCAGUGUCGCCCAGUCUGUGCUCCCCUUCGUCCCUCAGAGAGAGUGAGAAUCUUGGAUGCCACCAUGAAGUCUAAGGAAACAUCAAAUGAGUCGUUGAUUGUUCUGGGAUCAAGGGACAAACAGUGGAGUGUUCUAGACCAAGUUUCAGCCAGGAGUCAACAGAAUGGGCUGGUGUCUUUUGACUUGAGGGAGAUUUAUGACAGGCUGCUCGUGGUUCGUCUCCUCUCCCCACUGCAGCCUUGUCAGCUCGCUUCCUUGGCCGAGGAUCUGGAGGAGUCCACUCGCAUCCAUGCUGUCACCGUCCUCCUCCAGCGACGACGGGAGGAUCCUAACACUAUACUGGUGGCUGUCCUGCCCAGCAAAGAUCUCAGUUGGGAGUUGAGCAAACUGCAAACUCAGGGCUACGACGGCCUCAUGGAGACCUCGGCAGAGAUCUUAAUGUGUGAAGCGGAUCAGCUUCUCCUGUGUUUCACUGGCAACAUCAGCUCCAUAGCUUUUGCUCAAAACUGCAAAAGCAAAGCCGAUCGACUCACCUUUCACAGCCAGCGGAGGAAUCACCUUUUGGUCCGUCUAACUGAAGUAGACCCGUUUGGGAACUACAGCUCGCCUCACUACAAGGGGACAGCCCUGUUUUAUAGAGUCGGCAGAGAUCAGCUGGAGUGGCAAGAGGACAAAACUGUCCUGAAGGAUCCAAAGCUCCUGGGAGAUCCAGUCUGUAAGCUGUCCCUGACUUUACCAAAGAAAGUGAGAAACAUCAAUCGGCCCACAGCAGCCAGGGUGAAGUUAUGUGAGGAGACAGACUCCCUCCCAGACGCUCUUCUUCUCUGGCUGUCUGGAGAACUUUCACAGGAAGAAAUAGCUCUGCUGAUGUCCUCCCUGCGUCUUCGUCGCAGCGCUGCCCAGCUGGUGAAGCUCCGGGCCGGGGACAGUCCGUCAGCCCAGGCCUUCCACGUCCUGACCAUGUGGAGGAGAGCGCUGCCAGCCGUUCCGCACCAAUCAAAGGCCUCCCAGCUCGCCCAGUGCUUGGCCAAGAGUGGCAGGCCGGAUUUGGCUGGAGAGCUGCUACUGCGGCAGGCAGAGCUCGCUGAGAUAAGGAAGCUUAAAAAGUAAAAUUCACACAGCCUUUGGUUUGCUACACAGGGCCAAAUUAGUUAUUGGUAGGGAUUUAUUUUAUCCACAAGAGGUCAGCAUUAGACUGAGAGACCCAGUACAGUCUUCUGAACUCUGUGAUUUCCAAAUAUUUCCUUGUGUUUAGCACCUUAAAAUCAAGGUUAACAGGCAAAAUUUGAUUGUAGAGCCACAUUUUAAAAA